CAUUUUCUCAAUUUUUACAAAAAAUCUUCAUUUUGCCACUUUGGAUGCUUAUAACUCGGUCAGUUUCCAAUGGAUCUUCAAUUGUAACACAGAUUUGGAUAGAUCUGCUUAUCAGCUACCAAAAGUUAUUCUACGCCGAUGUGCUAAGUUGUCUGUGGAAAAAGUUAUUCGAGGUACAAAGACUUAACAUUUUCUCAACUUUUCCAAAAAAAUUCCUCAUUUUGCCACUUUGGAUGCUUAUAACUCGGUCAGUUUCCAAUGGAUCUUCAAUUGUAGCACAUAUUUGGAUAGAUCUGGUCAUUAGCUACCAAAAGUUAUUCUACGCCGAUGUGCUAAGUUGUCUGUGGAAAAAGUUAUUCGAGGUACAAAGACUUAACAUUUUCUCAACUUUUCCAAAAAAAUUCCUCAUUUUGCCACUUUGGAUGCUUAUAACUCGGUCAGUUUCCAAUGGAUCUUCAAUUGUAGCACAUAUUUGGAUAGAUCUGGUCAUUAGCUACCAAAAGUUAUUCUACGCCGAUGUGCUAAGUUGUCUGUGGAAAAAGUUAUUCGAGGUACAAAGACUUAACAUUUUCUCAACUUUUCCAAAAAAAUUCCUCAUUUUGCCACUUUGGAUGCUUAUAACUCGGUCAGUUUCCAAUGGAUCUUCAAUUGUAGCACAUAUUUGGAUAGAUCUGGUCAUUAGCUACCAAAAGUUAUUCUACGCUGAUGUGCUAAGUUGUCUGUGGAAAAAGUUAUUCGAGGUACAAAGACUUAACAUUUUCUCAACUUUUCCAAAAAAAUUCCUCAUUUUGCCACUUUGGAUGCUUAUAACUCGGUCAGUUUCCAAUGGAUCUUCAAUUGUAGCACAUAUUUGGAUAGAUCUGGUCAUUAGCUACCAAAAGUUAUUCUACGCCGAUGUGCUAAGUUGUCUGUGGAAAAAGUUAUUCGAGGUACAAAGACUUAACAUUUUCUCAACUUUUCCAAAAAAAUUCCUCAUUUUGCCACUUUGGAUGCUUAUAACUCGGUCAGUUUCCAAUGGAUCUUCAAUUGUAGCACAUAUUUGGAUAGAUCUGGUCAUUAGCUACCAAAAGUUAUUCUACGCCGAUGUGCUAAGUUGUCUGUGGAAAAAGUUAUUCGAGGUACAAAGACUUAACAUUUUCUCAACUUUUCCAAAAAAAUUCCUCAUUUUGCCACUUUGGAUGCUUAUAACUCGGUCAGUUUCCAAUGGAUCUUCAAUUGUAGCACAUAUUUGGAUAGAUCUGGUCAUUAGCUACCAAAAGUUAUUCUACGCCGAUGUGCUAAGUUGUCUGUGGAAAAAGUUAUUCGAGGUACAAAGACUUAACAUUUUCUCAACUUUUCCAAAAAAAUUCCUCAUUUUGCCACUUUGGAUGCUUAUAACUCGGUCAGUUUCCAAUGGAUCUUCAAUUGUAGCACAUAUUUGGAUAGAUCUGGUCAUUAGCUACCAAAAGUUAUUCUACGCCGAUGUGCUAAGUUGUCUGUGGAAAAAGUUAUUCGAGGUACAAAGACUUAACAUUUUCUCAACUUUUCCAAAAAAAUUCCUCAUUUUGCCACUUUGGAUGCUUAUAACUCGGUCAGUUUCCAAUGGAUCUUCAAUUGUAGCACAUAUUUGAAUAGAUCUGGUCAUUAGCUACCAAAAGUUAUUCUACGCCGAUGUGCUAAGUUGUCUGUGGAAAAAGUUAUUCGAGGUACAAAGACUUAACAUUUUCUCAACUUUUCCAAAAAAAUUCCUCAUUUUGCCACUUUGGAUGCUUAUAACUCGGUCAGUUUCCAAUGGAUCUUCAAUUGUAGCACAUAUUUGGAUAGAUCUGGUCAUUAGCUACCAAAAGUUAUUCUACGCCGAUGUGCUAAGUUGUCUGUGGAAAAAGUUAUUCGAGGUACAAAGACUUAACAUUUUCUCAACUUUUCCAAAAAAAUUCCUCAUUUUGCCACUUUGGAUGCUUAUAACUCGGUCAGUUUCCAAUGGAUCUUCAAUUGUAGCACAUAUUUGGAAAGAUCUGCUCAUCAGCUACCAAAAGUUAUUCUACGCCGAUGUGCUAAGUUGUCUGUGGAAAAAGUUAUUUGAGGUACAAAGACUUAACAUUUUCUCAACUUUUCCAAAAAAAUUCCUCAUUUUGCCACUUUGGAUGCUUAUAACUCGGUCAGUUUCCAAUGGAUCUUCAAUUGUAGCACAUAUUUGGAAAGAUCUGGUCAUCAGCUACCAAAAGUUAUUCUACGCCGAUGUGCUAAGUUGUCUGUGGAAAAAGUUAUUUGAGGUACAAAGACUUAACAUUUUCUCAACUUUUCCAAAAAAAUUCCUCAUUUUGCCACUUUGGAUGCUUAUAACUCGGACAGUUUCCAAUGGAUCUUCAAUUGUAGCACAUAUUUGGAUAGAUCUGGUCAUUAGCUACCAAAAGUUAUUCUACGCCGAUGUGCUAAGUUGUCUGUGGAAAAAGUUAUUCGAGGUACAAAGACUUAACAUUUUCUCAACUUUUCCAAAAAAAUUCCUCAUUUUGCCACUUUGGAUGCUUAUAACUCGGUCAGUUUCCAAUGGAUCUUCAAUUGUAGCACAUAUUUGGAUAGAUCUGGUCAUUAGCUACCAAAAGUUAUUCUACGCCGAUGUGCUAAGUUGUCUGUGGAAAAAGUUAUUCGAGGUACAAAGACUUAACAUUUUCUCAACUUUUCCAAAAAAAUUCCUCAUUUUGCCACUUUGGAUGCUUAUAACUCGGUCAGUUUCCAAUGGAUCUUCAAUUGUAGCACAUAUUUGGAUAGAUCUGGUCAUUAGCUACCAAAAGUUAUUCUACGCCGAUGUGCUAAGUUGUCUGUGGAAAAAGUUAUUCGAGGUACAAAGACUUAACAUUUUCUCAACUUUUCCAAAAAAAUUCCUCAUUUUGCCACUUUGGAUGCUUAUAACUCGGUCAGUUUCCAAUGGAUCUUCAAUUGUAGCACAUAUUUGGAUAGAUCUGGUCAUUAGCUACCAAAAGUUAUUCUACGCCGAUGUGCUAAGUUGUCUGUGGAAAAAGUUAUUCGAGGUACAAAGACUUAACAUUUUCUCAACUUUUCCAAAAAAAUUCCUCAUUUUGCCACUUUGGAUGCUUAUAACUCGGUCAGUUUCCAAUGGAUCUUCAAUUGUAGCACAUAUUUGGAUAGAUCUGGUCAUUAGCUACCAAAAGUUAUUCUACGCCGAUGUGCUAAGUUGUCUGUGGAAAAAGUUAUUCGAGGUACAAAGACUUAACAUUUUCUCAACUUUUCCAAAAAAAUUCCUCAUUUUGCCACUUUGGAUGCUUAUAACUCGGUCAGUUUCCAAUGAAUCUUCAAUUGUAGCACAUAUUUGGAUAGAUCUGGUCAUUAGCUACCAAAAGUUAUUCUACGCCGAUGUGCUAAGUUGUCUGUGGAAAAAGUUAUUUGAGGUACAAAGACUUAACAUUUUCUCAAUUUUUCUAAAAAAAUUCCUCAUUUUGCCACUUUGGAUGCUUAUAACUCGGUCAGUUUCCAAUGGAUCUUCAAUUGUAGCACAUAUUUGGAUAGAUCUGGUCAUUAGCUACCAAAAGUUAUUCUACGCCGAUGUGCUAAGUUGUCUGUGGAAAAAGUUAUUCGAGGUACAAAGACUUAACAUUUUCUCAACUUUUCCAAAAAAAUUCCUCAUUUUGCCACUUUGGAUGCUUAUAACUCGGUCAGUUUCCAAUGGAUCUUCAAUUGUAGCACAUAUUUGGAUAGAUCUGGUCAUUAGCUACCAAAAGUUAUUCUACGCCGAUGUGCUAAGUUGUCUGUGGAAAAAGUUAUUCGAGGUACAAAGACUUAACAUUUUCUCAACUUUUCCAAAAAACUCCUCAUUUUGCCACUUUGGAUGCUUAUAACUCGGUCAGUUUCCAAUGGAUCUUCAAUUGUAGCACAUAUUUGGAUAGAUCUGGUCAUUAGCUACCAAAAGUUAUUCUACGCCGAUGUGCUAAGUUGUCUGUGGAAAAAGUUAUUCGAGGUACAAAGACUUAACAUUUUCUCAAUUUUUCCUAAAAAAUUCCUCAUUUUGCCACUUUGGAUGCUUAUAACUCGGUCAGUUUCCAAUGGAUCUUCAAUUGUAGCACAUAUUUCGAUAGAUCUGGUCAUUAGCUACCAAAAGUUAUUCUACGCCGAUGUGCUAAGUUGUCUGUGGAAAAAGUUAUUCGAGGUACAAAGACUUAACAUUUUCUCAACUUUUCCAAAAAAAAUUCCUCAUUUUGCCACUUUGGAUGCUUAUAACUCGGUCAGUUUCCAAUGGAUCUUCAAUUGUAGCACAUAUUUGGAUAGAUCUGGUCAUUAGCUACCAAAAGUUAUUCUACGCCGAUGUGCUAAGUUGUCUGUGGAAAAAGUUAUUCGAGGUACAAAGACUUAACAUUUUCUCAACUUUUCCAAAAAAAUUCCUCAUUUUGCCACUUUGGAUGCUUAUAACUCGGUCAGUUUCCAAUGGAUCUUCAAUUGUAGCACAUAUUUGGAUAGAUCUGGUCAUUAGCUACCAAAAGUUAUUCUACGCCGAUGUGCUAAGUUGUCUGUGGAAAAAGUUAUUCGAGGUACAAAGACUUAAAAUUUUCUCAACUUUUCCAAAAAAAAUCUUCAUUUUGCCACUUUGGAUGCUUAUAACUCGGUCAGUUUCCAAUGGAUCUUCAAUUGUAGCACAUAUUUGGAUAGAUCUGGUCAUUAGCUACCAAAAGUUAUUCUACGUCGAUGUGCUAAGUUGUCUGUGGAAAAAGUUAUUCAAGGUACAAAGACUUAACAUUUUCUCAACUUUUCCAAAAAAAUUCCUCAUUUUGCCACUUUGGAUGCUUAUAACUCGGUCAGUUUCCAAUGGAUCUUCAAUUGUAGCACAUAUUUGGAUAGAUCUGGUCAUUAGCUACCAAAAGUUAUUCUACGCCGAUGUGCUAAGUUGUCUGUGGAAAAAGUUAUUCGAGGUACAAAGACUUAACAUUUUCUCAACUUUUCCAAAAAAAUUCCUCAUUUUGCCACUUUGGAUGCUUAUAACUCGGUCAGUUUCCAAUGGAUCUUCAAUUGUAGCACAUAUUUGGAUAGAUCUGGUCAUCAGCUACCAAAAGUUAUUCUACGCCGAUGUGCUAAGUUGUCUGUGGAAAAAGUUAUUCGAGGUACAAAGACUUAACAUUUUCUCAACUUUUAAAAAAAAAUCCUCAUUUUGCCACUUUGGAUGCUUAUAACUCGGUCAGUUUCCAAUGGAUCUUCAAUUGUAACACAUAUUUGGAUAGAUCUGGUCAUUAGCUACCAAAAGUUAUUCUACGCCGAUGUGCUAAGUUGUCUGUGGAAAAAGUUAUUCGAAAAUGUAGAUUCUAAUACAUUGAAUGGCUCAUACGACUUGCAUACCUUCAGGCUGAUUUCUCGCGAUUCGCAUUUCAACUUCUAUUUUUGCCCAUAUCUCAGUCAUUUACCGACCGAUUUUGGAUUUUCUUUGUGAUUUGGAUAGAUCUCGACAAAUGCAAGCUAAAAGUCUUCCACGACCAUGUGCUCCGAUGUCGGGCAAAAAAGUUAUUCGCGACCUAAGCUUUUUCUUUCACCUGCCAUAACUCGGUCAAUUUUCAACAUUUUCUCGAUCUUUCUUCAGAAUUAGAUGCGUCUCGUGACGCGCUACAAAAAGUUGUUCCACGACCAUGCGCUCCGAUGCCGGGCAAAAAAGUUAUUCGCGGUACAAAGUUUGGUGCACCAAGUGUUGUCUUCCAUACAAAAUGUUCAAUGUACGGGUACCCGACUCUAGUAAAAAAGUGAAAUUUUUUACUAGUUACCAACUUUUGCAAAUUAUCAUCGGAUAUCACUUUUCAUGGUCUAUAGUAAGUUCUUAUCACGUUUUAGUAGUUUUUGAAAAAAAAAUUUUUUUGAACUUUUCAAAAUUUUGCAAAACCAAAACUUUUUAGGCGGUUUUUUGUAUGGAGCGUUACUAGACUAGGGGUCACUUUUUGACCAAAAAACCACUAUAUAUCAUUCGAAAGGUAAUUUCAAGGGCUACAAAAAAUUGUUCUACGGCACCCCCGUCCGAUGUCUAGUAUUCGAGUUAUUGGCCAAAAACCGCCACUUGAACGAUUUUUCAACCAGGGUUCCCGACUCUAGUAAAAAAGUGAAAUUUUUCUCGAUUGACCAAGUGUUGCAAAUGACCAUCGGAUUUCACUUUUCAUGGUCUAAAGUGUGUCCUGAUCACGUUUUGGUAGUUUUUGGAAAAUUGGUUUUGACGAAAAUUUCAAAAUUUUGCAAAAAAAUUUUUUUGUAGGCGCUUUUUUGUAUGGAGCGUUACUAGUCUAGGGGUCACUUUUUGACCAAAAAACCACUAUAUAUCAUUCGAAAGAUAAUUUCAAGGGCUACAAAAAAUUGUUCUACGGCACCCCCGUCCGACGUCUAGUAUUCGAGUUAUUGGCCAAAAACCGCCACUUGAGCGAUUUUUCAACCAGGGUUCCCGACUCUAGUAAAAAAGUGAAAUUUUUCUCGAUUGACCAAGUGUUGCAAAUGACCAUCGGAUUUCACUUUUCAUGGUCUAAAGUGUGUUCUGAUCACGUUUUGGUAGUUUUUGGAAAAUUGGUUUUGUCGAAAAUUUCAAAAUUUUGCAAAAAAAAAUUUUUGUAGGCGCUUUUUUGUAUGGAGCGUUACUAGUCUAGGGGUCACUUUUUGACCAAAAAACCACUAUAUAUCAUUCGAAAGAUAAUUUCAAGGGCUACAAAAAAUUGUUCUACGGCACCCCCGUCCGACGUCUAGUAUUCGAGUUAUUGGCCAAAAACCGCCACUUGAGCGAUUUUUCAACCAGGGUUCCCGACUCUAGUAAAAAGUGAAAUUUUUCUCGAUUGACCAAGUGUUGCAAAUGACCAUCGGAUUUCACUUUUCAUGGUCUAAAGUGUGUCCUGAUCACGUUUUGGU